AUGACGGGUUUGUCUUCUGAUGUGACGGUGGUGGAGAAAUUGACGGUGUAUUGCUCGGAUGAGACAUCGCUGCAAGAGCUCGAGUCGCCAGUGGUGCUCGGGCCGCUGGACCACAUCACGCAGAGCUUCACGCCUAUCACGGUCGUGUUCGUGUACCGUCGGGGGGGAGAUGCAAGUGCGGAAUUGGUUCCUUUCGACCGCUUUCGGAGCGCGCUGAGUCGCCUGCUCGACUACUAUCCCCAUCUCACUGGACGCCUUGCCAUGGACCCGAAGGACCGCACACCGCGCGUUGAGCAGCUUGGAAAGGGGGUCACGUUGCUGGCGGCGGAGUGCAGUGAACCCCUCGCAGCGUUUGAGAAGAUGGUGGAGGACGACCAGCCGCCGCGAUUGGUAGUUACCAAUCUUCCGGAUGGAGGCAACGCGUUGCUGCCGCCGUUUGAUGCGACUGCGGCAGGACUGACUCACGAGUCGAUACUGGCAGUACAGCACACGCGGUUCAAGUGUGGAAGUGUGUCGAUCGGCUUUUGUCUUCGACACGUCAUUUGUGACGCCUGUGGGUUUUUCCAACUCGCGCGUGACCUGGCUGAACUGUAUCGAGGCUAUGGAGACGUCGACUAUCAGCAUUUGGAACGUGCGCAUGCUGUAAAGCUGUCCACGCCGCCCCAUACCCGCUCCUACAUGGCGGGACUGCACGAUGUUACAGCCGAGGAGAGAGAAGAAGCGCUCAAGUUUAAGCCGAUUGUUUUCAAGGAGCUACCAACGCUGGAAGAUGUGGCGGCCGACACUGAUGCCUCCAAGCGACCAACUCCUCCUCCUCCACCUCCGCCCAUCAUCGGUCGCGUGCUCCCCUUCUCUUCGAGCGAGCUAGCUGCCCUCAAGGCUGAAGCCAAUCAAACCAAUCCAGGCAAACCGCUGUCGACUUUCUGCGUUUUGGCGGCUCAUGUCUGGCAGACUGUCUACCGCGCCAGGACGAGUGUGUACGAAGCCCAAGGCUUGACGUCAGGUGAGGCUGCAGGUCGCUUAUCGCGCCAGCUUUUGGUACCGAUAGACCUGCGAAGUCGCGACCAACUAGCAGAGCUUCCACCCCGAUACUUCCCUAACGCCGUUUUGUCGCUGGUACUGUCGCUGCCUGCGGCUGAGCUACUCAACGCGCAUCUAUCGAAGAUUGCUGAAGCAGUUCGUGACGGAAUUCAACCACAAAACCCCAUGGACGUGAAGAAAACGUUGCGAUGGAUUGUAGCGCAGCCCGACAAGAGCCGCGUACUGCCUUGCUUCGACUACGAGCAGGAAGGCGUGCUUGUCACGCAGUGGAACAAGUUUGACAUGUAUCUGGGGGCGGCAUUGGAUGUCGCACCCGCACUUGUGGCUCAACCGUUCACGCCGCUAUCACUUUACAGUGGCCUGGCUUAUUUUAUGGCCACAGAGGGUCAGCUCACUCACUCAGGCCAUGCCACUGGGGUUCCCUCAGCCAGCGUAGAUGUUAGUCUCGCGUUGAGUAACCGGCCUGGGAUAUUAUCGAUCAAGACGCCCUUUUUCGACGUCACCGCGCGUGAAAAAAGUAGUUACAUGGUUGAAUAG